AAAGAGAGAAUUAAUGUUGUUCUUGCAUAACAUAGCAGUCUCAAUGCCACAUAACAUCUUGAGAGAGAACAUUAAUUUACCUCUCUGAACUAAUACAUCUUUAUUUCAUUACAGGACAAGGUUUUGCUUCUGGCCUUGUAAACCUUGGUGAAAUACAAGUUUCCAAAGUCACAAGGUUUGAGUUUAUUUCGAGCAGCAGUGUUAUGCUAGACACAAAAAAAGCUGUUACAUUCUUUAGGCCUGUGGGAGUACCAGAAAGUUUCCAUAUCCUUGGUCACUAUUGUCAACCCAGUGGCAAGCCUUUGCAUGGUUUUGUACUUGUUGCCAAAAUUUGCUCUCCUCAAAAUGCUGAUACGAUACCUCCUCUGAAGAAUCCCCUUGAUUUUAAGCUAGUUUGGAGUCAUAAUGCAGCAAGUAUGGAAAUUCCAGGUGUAUACUUUUGGCUACCUGAACCUCCUGAAGGUUACAAGGCCCUUGGCUAUUUGGUUACUAACAAACAUGACAAGCCUUUGUUGGAUGAAAUGUGUUGUGUUCGUGCUGACCUCACCGAUAAAUGUGAACCUUACCGCCAAAUACUCGCUGCUGGUUCUAGAAUUCCAGAGUUUUCAUUUCAGGUAUGGAGUUUAAGACCUUGUGACCGUGGCAUGUUAGGGAAAGGUGUUUCUGUUGGUACUUUUUUCUGCAGCAAUGGCUGGACCAUGGGAGAAGAGCUACUACCUGUUGCAUGCUUGAAGAACCUGAAUCCUGUGCUACCAGCAAUGCCAGAUUUGCAACAAAUACAUGCACUUAUUAAGCAUUAUGGCCCUACUGUUUUUUUUCAUCCUCAGGAAAAAUACUUGCCAUCUUCUGUGGAUUGGUUUUUCAACAAUGGAGCCAUGCUGCACAAAAAGGGUGUGUCUAAAGGAGAGGGAAUUGAUGCAAGUGGCUCAAACUUACCAAGUGGAGGAACAAAUGAUGGCCAGUUUUGGAUAGACUUGCCAAGUGAUCAUGAUAGAAAGAAUUUUGUCAAACGUGGAGACUUGAAGAGUUCAAGGCUUUAUGUUCAUGUGAAACCAGCUCUUGGUGGAACUUUUACUGACAUUGCAAUGUGGGUGUUUUGUCCUUUCAAUGGACCAGCCACUCUGAAAAUUGGAAUUAAGAGCAUUCCUCUGAGCAAGGUUGGAGAGCAUGUUGGUGACUGGGAGCAUUUUACACUUCGUAUAUGCAACUUCAGUGGAGAACUCUAUAGUAUAUACUUUUCUCAGCACAGUGGUGGUGAAUGGGUUGAUGCCUAUGACUUGGAUUAUAUUAAAGGUUACAAUAAAGCUACUGUUUACUCAUCAAAAUGUGGACAUGCAAGUUACCCUCAUCCAGGGACCUAUAUGCAAGGUUCUUCAAAACUUGGGAUUGGCAUUAGGAAUGAUGCUGCUCGCAGUAAUUUGUAUGUGGAUUCUAGUGUUCACUAUGAGCUUGUUGCAGCUGAGUAUCUUGAAAAUGAUGUCACUGAGCCUCAAUGGUUGCAGUUUAUGAGAGAGUGGGGGCCCAAAAUUGUUUAUGAUACAAAAACUGAGUUGGAUAAGGUAAUCAAUGCUCUUCCUCGCAUGCUUAGAUAUUCGGUGAGGAACUUAUUUAACAAGUUUCCAGUGGAACUUUAUGGUGAGGAAGGUCCCACUGGGCCAAAAGAGAAAAAUAAUUGGAUACAGGAUGAAAGAUGGUAAUUAAUUCUAUGUACACUGUCACUGGCUGUUACUAUGUUGUAAUUGUAUUUGUAUGUACAGAGAGAGAUAGUUAUGUUAUGUAAUAGUUUUGGGCGGUGCUUAUCUUCUUGAUUUUUUGGAUAAUGGUUUGUGCAUUACUAAUAUAAUAGCUCAAAUGGGUUGAAUGUGAAUUCUUACACUGGCUCCCUCUCACAAUUGGAUUGCAAAUAUCCCAAUUGUUUUACACACCC